UCAUUUUCAUUCCCGGCCUCAGCGAGAGACGCCGUCCAUUAACCUCUUCAGCGUUGCCUUUACCACCGCUCCUCCUCGCUCACGAUCCUAUUUGGAGCUCCGGGCGAAUGCUUUGGAGUUCUUCUGUCAAAGCGACUCCUUUCUUGCUCUGGUUCGUAGAAAGGGGGAGGGACUAGGCGCUGGAUGAGAUCAUUCGCCUCUUGCGCGUUCCUUUCGCUGAUGCUCCUCCUCGCCAUCGAUCCCUUUUCGAGCUCCGGACUGCGUCCCUAGUGGGCGAUCGGUACCGAUCCGUUGUAACUCCGUGGGCGAAGGCUUUGCAGUUCUUCCUUCAGAAUGGUUCCUUUCGUCUUGGAGUUCGAGGAAAUGGGGAAGGACUAGGUGGUGGCUGAGAUGACGAAGCGCUCUCUCCCAUUGCCCUUCAUCUUAUUUCUUCCCAUCGCUGUGUUCUCCUUCUUCAGAUUCCGGGCGGCGUUUCUCGGUUAUCCCAGCGCCGGGCCGCUGCCGGGGGACGCCCCCUCGGUGGCGCCACCUCCCUUCCCCAAUGUGACGCUGCUUAGUUUGGCGGCGGAGGAGGUCGGGGAGGCGGAGCUGAGGAAGGACGUCGAGAACCUCCUCCAUGGGAGCUUUGUUUCGGUUUCUGACGGUGGCGGUGGGAGGAGGUUCCGGUCCUACUCAUCCUGGCGGCAGGACAACCACCUCGAGGGUCGGACGCGCAUGAGGCUCCCGGCCCAGUUCCACGCCCCCAAGUACUAUCAUUUCUUCCCCGAGUUCCGCCGCUCGCUGCGUGACUGGUUCCGGAGCCGCCGCUUCCAGCCGGAGGUCAUGUUAGAGCUCGCUCGGCUCGUCAAGAUUCCCAUCGAUCACCACUAUGGCCGUCCCGGCUCCCAGCAGCUGUUUGGCUCCUGCGCCGUGGUCGGCAAUAGCGGCAUCCUAAUGAACAACGAGCAUGGCGAGCUGAUCGACGGUCAUGACCUCGUUAUCCGGCUCAACAAUGCCCGCAUCCAGGGAUACCACCGCAAUGUCGGCUCAAAGACCGGCCUUUCCUUCAUCAACAGCAAUAUACUUCAUGCCUGCGCUCGAAGAGAGAGCUGCUUCUGCCACCCCUAUGGCGAAAGCAUCCCCAUGGUCAUGUACAUUUGCCAAGCUCUUCAUUUUCUAGACUACGCCGUCUGCAAUUCCUCGCACAAGGCGCCGAUCCUCAUCACCGACGUCCGGUUUGACAUGCUCUGUGCCAGGAUUGUCAAGUACUAUUCGCUGAAGCGGUUCACCGAGGAGACAGGGAAGCCCCCGGACGAGUGGAAGAAUGUCCAUGAUGAGAAGUUGUUCCACUACUCGUCUGGGAUGCAGGCCGUGAUGCUUGCAGUGGGAAUCUGUGACAAACUUAGCAUCUUUGGGUUCGGGAAGUCGUCGGAGGCAAAACACCAUUACCAUACCAACCAGAAGAAGGAGCUGGAUUUGCAUGACUAUGAGGCAGAAUAUGCCUUGUAUCAUGACCUGGUUGAGUGGCCACAGGUAAUACCUUUCCUCAAGGACUCCGGCUUUGAAGUUCCUCCAGUAGUGUUUUAUCAUUAAGGUGUUUGUCUUGAUAUGGUUGGACUCUUGAAGUUGUCCCAACCGGUAGAAGAAAUCUGGAUGAUAUGUUUCUUGA